AAUCGUUAUUAUAAUUUUAAUCAAAUUACAUAUUAUUUUUCAUUAUUUUGUUAUUAUAUAAGAAUAUACAUGUAGCGUUUUCUACUAUUUACGAAAAAUCUUGAAAACUAUUCUUGUGGAUAUAGAAAUCUUAAACUAAAGGAAUAUCUAUAUACAUUUUUAUUCUUCGUUUCUUCUGACAAACAUUUUGCUUUAAGUUGGCAAUGAAUAAUGUUUCCUAAAUUUCGUAAGCUUAAAGUCUAAAUGAAUGAAAGAAGAGUAUAAGGUACUGUAAUAAUAUAGAAUACAAAAAAAAUUAAUUUAAACUUGAAGAUAAAAUAUUUACUAUUUAUAUUUCGAAUUUAUAUGAAAGUUAUAUAUGAAGCAGAUAAUUGAUAUAUAAUUUAUUCAUUUUUAAAAAAUUCAUUUUUUAAAUUAUUAUUCAAUACUAUUUUAUACAAUUCAAUACAUUCUAUACAAAUUCAAUACUAUUCUAUACAAAUAUUUAAAAUAAUAUAUUAAUAUUAUUAUCAAUACAAUAUUAAAUUUCAUAAUGAAAGCGAAGAAAUUACUUAUUAAAAUAUUUGAUUUUUUGAUAAAUUUAAUUUUUUUGUAAAAUUGUCAAAAUAAUAUUAUUUAUAAAUUAUCAUGAAAAAUCCUUUGUAAUAAUAAUUUUACAAUCAAAAUAUUUUUAAAAAUUCUUUAAAUAUAAAUUAUAAGAAAAUUGUCUUUGAAUUGCGCGCUUGGUUAUAUAGUUAAGGGUUAUGGCAGAAUUCAUUGACUUGUUUUCUAUUCAGUAUAUUGUGACUUAUGAAUUUUAAUAAUGAAAUAAUUAUCUCAAUUUAUUUCUUGAUUAUAUCUAUAAAUUUUAGGAUGCUGUAAAAAGAAAUGAUUGUUUUAAAAUCUGCAGUAAUAUUAGUAGCAUUUACAAUUAGUACUUUAAGCUAGGAGUUGGCGUGCGUGGCCAAUUUUGCCAACUAUUUCCGGAAUAAUAAGUUUCCUUGAGGUGACGUUUGCUAUUAUUGUCUGUAAGGUGUGUUAACAUCAUUAUAAACGUCGUCAUAUUUCUAAAAUUUUAAAUACUAUUUUUUUCAUGCGAAAUAUCAUAUUAUCGAAAUAAAUAAAACAAUACAUAGCAUCAAUUUUACCAAGUAAAAAAGUAUUAGUUUAAGUAUUUUGAAUUAGAGCUUUUUUAAACAAAAUGGGCCUAACAAUUAGUAGCCUACUUACUCGGCUUUUUGGUAAAAAGCAAAUGAGAAUAUUAAUGGUGGGUCUGGAUGCUGCUGGAAAAACUACUAUAUUAUAUAAACUAAAACUUGGUGAAAUUGUCACAACAAUACCUACUAUUGGUUUCAAUGUUGAAACUGUUGAAUACAGGAAUAUAUGUUUUACGGUAUGGGAUGUUGGUGGUCAAGAUAAAAUCAGACCACUUUGGAGACACUAUUUCCAAAAUACACAAGGUCUCAUCUAUGUUGUUGAUAGUAAUGAUCGGGAACGUAUUGGAGAAGCAGAACGUGAAUUAGCAAACAUGUUAAAAGAAGAUGAACUAAGGGAUGCAGUUCUUUUAGUUUUUGCUAAUAAACAAGACUUACCAAAUGCUAUGUCUGCAGCAGAACUUACAGAUAAAUUAGGAUUGAAUUCUUUACGUGGACGUCAUUGGUAUAUUCAAAGUACUUGUGCUACUCAAGGACAUGGACUCUAUGAAGGACUUGAUUGGUUGAGUAAUGAAUUAGCUAAAAAGUGAUAAAAUACUAUAUCCAUAAUCUUCAUGAACAAUUUAUUCAUUGAGCAUGGACGUAGAAGACAUGUUGCAAUUUCCAUUUUGUCAGAUUACGCACUAUGUGUACGAUUUAAUACCACUGUGAUUGUAAUUUUUAAGAGGAAAACUACUUGAAAUAAUAGAAUAUAACUUGACUGUCUCAGAGAUUAAAAAUUGACUGAGUCAGUAUUGAAUGCUAAAGCAAGUUUUAUUUUCAAAAUGAAAUUUUAUUUUAAAAGAAAAGCUGUAAAAUAGAUGAGUGCAUAAAUUUAUCAGUUAUAUAUUAUUUGUUUGCUAAUCAAUAGAAUAUUGUGAGUUUAUUUAAAAAGUGUAUCCUGAAUUUAUAAUAAAUAUAAAAUAUUUCUACAUUAA